CGCCUGGGACAUUGACUAACAACUGAAGAGUUCUCAGCUACCCCUAUCGCCCGUUUCCCUUGAAUGAUUAAACAAGUGUGCUGUUCUUUGCUGUAACAUGCCGUCCAGAGAACAUAGCGGUCUACAAGAACAAGCACAACACAGCGCUCAGUCCCGACGCCUUGCUGGGUAGCAUCAAGUUCAUUCAGCUCGGGAGUCCCCGUGAGUGCUGUUUCGUCGGGAAAUGGGCACGUGUAAGGCACGUGCCUUGGUCUAGACUCUUACUUGAAGGUCUUUCUGGCCUAAGCGAAGACCGCUUUGGCUACCACAGCGCGAGCGAUAGCUCUUAAAAUCCAACUAAACUCAACUAAACACAACCGUGCCCUGCUCAAAGGCUGAAAAGGGUCCCCCAGAACCCGCUGUCUCAGCCUCUUUUUUCACUAGACAUGCUACGAAUCUCUUGGAAUAGUUAGCCCUGGACGAGUCGUGGAGCUUGCCGUUCAAUAAAGAAGCCUUUCAGCUGGAUUAGCCAAGCCAAUGAAGCACCAAGCCAAUGAAGCACUUCGGAAAACAAACCCAUCUCGAUUCGACCCUACCUUGCGAGUGAAAUGCCGGGAUAACACGGCAGACACUUCAACUAUCGAUUUCAAGGCGUCGAGACUCGCAAACGAAGUAGCUGAAAUGGUACCGUUAUUGACAGCUCACUCAUGAGACUGCCUAUGCGGUAAGUGCAUUGGGCAUUGUUUUGAUUACCUGUUGUCAGUAAGCGUCGGUGUCAUGUCAUCUUUGGAAACUUAAAACGAAGAGGAUUCUCUUCCAAUACUCCUCUCUUCUAUCCUCACCCAAUUCUGUAUUUCUUCCUCUCACCGCGCAAACUACAGCGUCGGCUCCCAUCAUGUUUCUCUCUUCGACUCUUCUCGUUGCCGCGCUUUCCACGCUCCUCGGUGAAAGCUCUGCCUCGGCCGUUUCUCUUUCGAAGCGAUGGGACACAACCCUAUGUACGUCCGACACAUCAGGCGUGCCAAUCCCCGAUGCGGAUAAUUUCCAACUCCCGCUGGAGAAUCUCCGACAGGAUAUGUGCUGGGACCUAUGCGUGGGAGAUCAAGCGACCUGCACCACCAAGACCAAGAUCUGCUACGACUUCCACGGCCCCAAUCUGAUCUUCACCUACAACGCCGUCAGUGGAUACACAUACACCGAGGCCGACAUCUGGCUGGGUCUGUCAGCGCCCGCGAGCACGACGCCAACACCACAGUACUCAACUAGCAAUGGCUUCUGCACCAUUUCGGCCGAUCAGACUACGGUCUCCUGCAAUAUCCCAUACGACACGAUUGUUCCUGGCGGCGCCCUGCUCGACGUGCUGGCGGAAAUGUGCCCGAACGGCGACCGCGAAGGCUAUGUCUUCUACCUCUACACCAAUGCCCAACUGACCGGCGCCUCGGGCGCAGUCUCAGCCACAGGACGUCUCUCCUGCACCGACUACCCAGCCUGCACGUCCUACUACCCCAACACAUACUGGGUGCUCACCUACCGCUGCACCAAGUGCCCAUACACGCCCCCGCCCCCUCCCCCGCCGCCAACUGUCAGGUACUGUUCCGUCGGCACGGCCUUCGGAUACAGCACCUCCCCGCUCUCUCCAGCCCUUAACUCCCUUGUCCCCAAGCCCAAUACCUGCAACCGCUGGGGUUGGUACGUCACACCCACAGCCGCGCAGCUCAGUGCCGGAAUCGGCGGCCCGCUCUACGUUGGUGCCGGCGGCAACGUCAUCAGCAAGGCAACGAAUGUAGGCACCUGGUCGGCGAAGUCGCAAGGUACAGCCGUCUCUGUCACGUAUGCGCUCACCGGGCCGUAUUAUCCUGACCAGGUCCAUGUCGAUAUCGGUUGCAUGCCAUUCAAGAAGUGUGCGCCGGGACAGUAUGCGUACAGCAACGAGAAGUUGGCCGGCACGGGGAUGUCGACAUUUACCACGCCGGCGGGUGCGCUGAAGGUGCCGACUUGCUCCACUGGGAUAUAUCUUAUUGUGCAUGCGGCUGUCGAUACAAUCGAGACAGUCCCGACUACGAGCCAGUUGUCAACUUGCCAUGCGCCGCUAGCUAGUUAGAUUGAUGAUGACAUGGGAUGAGAGUGGGAAGUCCUGCUCUCCGCGAAGUCCAGGAGUCGUAAACUAUUCCAGUGGGAUGGAAAAAAAGCGAAAGGUUAUUAUUUCGUCCUUACCGUCUCGCUGCUCGUGCGCGCAGGGUUCGCUGACUACUAGGUCAGAUUCCCAUGCUCAUGGUGACUAUUCUGUUCCGUUUUGUCUGUUAAUAGCAUGUAUAUUGCCCAAAGAAGACUAAGUUAUAAUUAAGAAGUUAUACACCUUACUUUCUACCUCAUAGCGAAAAAAUAAUAAUGAAAGGGAUAAGUAUUUUUAUCUAAUUUCAUUAAUCACUAUGUAGCUUACUUUACCUAUGGUUAAGAGGCCGUCUUAUAAUAUGUAUCCUUACUUAAACAAUCUCCAUUCCGAUAAAUAGGAGGGCCGUGGGAUAUAAGCCCCUUGCCACCUCAAGGGCGAUCGUGGGGCAAGGCGAGGGUGGGCAGGGCGAGCUGGGUGAGACGAUACAACGUUUCUGUGUCGAUAUGGUGUCCUUCUCGUUGUCAGUCUUGGUUCAAUUUAAAACCAGCCACAGUCCUCCACAGUAACCCAAAAAAAAAUCA